GACAGCGGCACAGCUUUCUGUCCCAACUGCCUGCCUGACUGGCUGACUUUGUGUGUGUCUGUCGCACCCCCCUCUCUCUCACUGGCCAUACACACACACACACACACACACACUUUCUCACAUCCACGCUGAGCAGAUCAGUGCAGGCAGGCAGUGCUCAAGCCCGCUAAAUUGUAUUGCUCCCUCCAAGUGGAAGCAAGGACCAAGAGACCGGAGAAAGAAGAGGACACAUAUUGAAACUUUUCAAGAUUUUUUUUUUCCCACAAAACUGUCUGUUUUUUUUUCUCUGGAGGAGGUUGACAUGACAAUGAUCCGUUAUCGCCGAUGGAUUUGGUAGGACACCCGCUCUCCGAGUGUUUUUUAAUGCACUCUGAACAAGAGUAGAAUGAACUUAUCGAAGGGUCCACUGGUGAACAGCAGCACUGACGACAGCUCCAAGUCAACGUACGGUAAAUGCGGCGCUGGCGCCUGGAGGAUGCACCAGAGCUACGAGCCGCUGGAGGCCAACCACAUGAGAGACCCCCAUGCCCUCUACAACCCAAGGCUUCUCUGCAGAAUGUCCAGUAAGGAGCGCCACCUUGAGUCCAACUGUCCGUCCUCGUAUAUAAAGACAGAGCCAUCAAGUCCCGCCUCCCUGACCGACAGUCUAAACCACCACUCUCCCGGGGGCUCCAGCGACGCCUCAGGCUCCUAUUCGUCCACCAUGAACGGCCACCCCAACGGUUUAGACUCCCCGAGUCUCUACGGAUCCAACGCAGGGCCCUUGGGUCCCGCCGGUGGCCCCGGAUCCAAGCGCUACGAGGACUGUUCAUCAACGAUCGGGGAAGAUUCACAGAUAAAGUGCGAGUACAUGUUAAAUUCCAUGCCCAAGAGGCUGUGUCUGGUGUGUGGGGACAUUGCUUCCGGGUACCACUACGGUGUGGCGUCAUGUGAGGCCUGCAAGGCCUUCUUCAAACGCACCAUCCAAGGCAACAUAGAAUACAGCUGUCCAGCCACCAAUGAGUGUGAAAUCACCAAGAGGAGACGCAAGUCCUGCCAGGCCUGCCGCUUCAUGAAGUGUCUGACAGUGGGCAUGCUGAGGGAGGGUAAGGGAAAAGGUGUUCGUCUGGACAGGGUUCGCGGUGGAAGACAGAAGUAUAAACGCCGGAUAGAUGCAGACAACAGUCCGUACCUGAACCCUCAGCUGGCUCUGCCUCCCAAGAAGCCAUUUGCCUUUGGCUGCCUUGCAGAUAACAAAAUCGUAUCUCACCUGCUGGUGGCCGAACCAGAGAAGAUUUACGCCAUGCCUGACCCGACCGUACCAGACAGCGACAUCAAGGCCUUGACUACGCUGUGCGACCUGGCCGACAGAGAGCUGGUGGUGAACAUCGGCUGGGCCAAGCACAUCCCAGGUUUCUCCACGCUGUCUCUAGCAGACCAGAUGAGUCUACUGCAGAGUGCAUGGAUGGAGAUCUUGAUCUUGCGUGUGGUCUACCGCUCGCUUUCUUUUGAAGACAAGCUGGUGUACGCUGAGGACUACAUCAUGGACGAGGACCAGUCGAAGCUGGCUGGACUGUUGGACCUGAACAACGCCAUCCUCCAGCUGGUCAAGAAGUACAAAGCCAUGAAACUGGAGAAGGAGGAAUUUGUCACUCUCAAGGCCAUCGCGUUGGCUAACUCAGACUCCAUGCAUAUUGAGGACGUGGAUGCUGUUCAGAAGCUCCAGGAUGUGCUCCACGAGGCCCUGCAGGACUAUGAGGCUUCCCAGCACCAGGAGGAUCCCCGCCGGGCAGGCAAGCUGCUCAUGACCCUGCCCCUGCUCCGCCAGACCUCCACCAAGGCCGUGCAGCACUUUUACAGUAUCAAGCAGGACGGCAAAGUCCCCAUGCACAAACUCUUCCUGGAGCUGCUGGAGGCCAAAGUGUGAGGGGCAGAGUCUCAAAACUACUUCCUGUGACCUUUCCAGCUUUUACACACACACACACUCACACACACACACACAUACAGGAAUAUGCUCCUUAACUACGCCCCUUAUGACUAAACAAGUAAGCUCCUCCUCUUUCCUUAACUGUCUAAGAUUUGAAAAAACAAAGGCUCACUUGACCUUUUGCUUUUGGGGGGUGUGAAAGCCGACAGACUGAUAUGACCCCGCCCCCUUUAAUGGGGCAUAGAAGAAGACGCUUCCUGCUGUUAUUGUGCUGAGCAACAACACUGACAGUAACACUCACAUAUGCAUUUAAUGAUGACCUAAUUCAUAUGAGGACAGAAGAAAAUGAACACCGUUCAUCUGAUGACCGAUGAGACUCUCCCCCUUCUCCUCCUAUAUCAUUUUUUUUAAGUGUUUAAGAAGAUAACUUAAAGGGAAAAAACACUAAAGAAGUAUUAAUGACAUUUGUAAUCACAUGAUCUGUACAUUGACAUUUGGAUGGACAGAGAAGAAGAAGAGAUUUGCCUGCCAAAAGAUGGAACACUUCCAUUCAGCGGAUGCCAGCAAACACGAUUAUCCCAAAUUACUGAACAAUUACUUUGCUUUUAUUUUGAAAUCCCCAGGCUGUGGAUGGGUUUUUCUCUUUCAUGAAUUAUUUCAAAGCAGCAGGGGCUGAUUUAUCCUAAGAAUCACAGUUGGAAAUGUUGUAAACACCUUGUGCUUCUUCUCAAAUGAAGCAUCCGGUUCCCCACAAUGCCCCUGCUUGUGACACUCGAAGCUGAAAAUAUCUGUAGACUUUUUUUUUCCACUGUGCGCUACCAACUCAUCUGGUUUUCCGCAAGAAACUGCGAUAACCAGGCUGUAGUGAAUGCAUCACUCAUACAAAGACACACAAACAUCACAACACGACUGUGGGGGAGAACUUCUUUAUUUACAUAUUUUAUCCAACAGGAGACUGAGGGCAGCAAUGUGGAGACUAUGGAGUAUAAUAUUGCAUUGUCCACAGCAAUAGUCCAAACUAAUAUGAGCUUAUUAUUGUCAUUGGACAAAAUGUUACAAUACCUAUACCGUAUGAAGUCCAGGGACUAGAAGUAGUACCUCAUGGUCCCUGGAUUUGUCAGUGAAAAAGCUUCUAUAGAGCCGAGUAGGUACCAUGCAGUGGACUCCACACAUUUUCCUCCUGUGUGCGUCUGCAGUAUUUUCAGCUUCUCUGCUUUAGCCUGGUGGUACAGCCCACCACCUCGUUGAACUCCUCCAAUGUGCCAACUGUCACGUGUCACCCUCAGUGCUUCCCUGCGUACUCACUUCCCUUCCCGCGAGCCCCACAAGAUCAUCUGUGUAAAAUGGCCUCAGUGCCACCGGGACGGAGGGUGCUUUGUCAAACCCGACGGAAGCUUUGCUUUAUGUUUUAUUUCAUGGGGUUCUAUCUGGUAAUAAUCCUAGCUAAGGUACCAAUAACAGGCUUGUAAAUAACGGUCAUCUUGUAUAUGACAAAUAACAGCAGCUUUUGUUUUGGACCCUCAAACCCAGAACUUACUUCUCUCUAUUAGCUUGACCACAACGCUGCUGUCAUGUAUGUACAAAAUGAGUAAUAGCAUAUUAACAAAUCAAACAAGAAUGGGAUUUGUUGAUGGGGGGUCAAGGGGGGGUCAAGGCAAGCAGCUAGUACACAGCAGCAUUUUCUCCAAAGCCAUGUAGACAACAUAUGACAUCAUAGCAGCAUGGCGGCAUAACCCCAAUGACUUAUGUUUGUGUUUUGUGUUAGCUCCGCCCCUUAGGUACCAACCCAGGUGACGAUUAUCAAAAGCCCCUUUCACACAGCCGGUUAAAGCCUGGAUUUUCACACCUUUUUUUUCCAAGUUUCUGUUCUGUAUAUAGAGAAUGGAUAUGAAUUGGGGGGGUGAGACAAUAUUUCUGCUUUAGAGCUGUAACAGAGGUGACAAUUGGCCUGUGUGAAAUGGAACUCGGCACUCAUGUCUCCCUCCUGCUGUGUUGAAAGCAGAUGUCGCUACCAGACAAAACUAAGUACAGUAUCUAAUCAUCCGAAAUGACAACAAUUAUGGCAAUAUCACACUUUGCUGUGUAAAAGGCACAGGCCAAUAGAUGCAGAUGGAUGUUCUGUUACGGCUCUGAUGCUGCUGUGUUGGAUAUCUGUGUGAAAGUGGCGACAAACUACUACAGUUCAACAGGCAUGAAUAAAGAUGACAGAUAUGUGUGCUGCGGGAAAUGAUGCAAAAACAAAACAUUAUCUUUUAUCAAUAUCACACAAAUGUGACUUUACUAUCCCACUUCCUGUUUUAAAAAUACAAUCAAGUAAGUAAAAUACAAAAGCUAGAGCAUGUUAAGGCCAAUCUAUCAUACAUUUAGUUGUAUUUUGUUCCCAAAUAUAUCCUGCAAACAGGAAGUAGGGCACAGAUCUGCAAAGAAGCAUUUUAUGUCAUGAUAGCUUUAACACUUUAAACAUCAUAUAUCAUCAUGUAAGUUAUUGAUAAAGCUGGAUAACAACGCCAAAUGUUUGUCCAACCUACUAGAAGCUGGCAGCUGAGGAUUCAAGUGUAGGCCACCUCUAUUGUCAUCAAGAAGCAUCUUUACAGGCUAUUUUCUCAGCCUUCUUUAACAUUGUAUAUUGUAAAUAGAAAAGGCAGAUUACACUUCUAACUUAAGACAUUUUAUGGGAGGGGAAAAAAAGCAAAAAAAAAAAAAAUUGUAGCUCAAACCUCGAUGUAUGUUUCAUGUUUUUUCUAUGAAGGAAAAACCUUUGCUUUUUAAUCCUCAAGUCUUCCUUCCUUUUUUUUUGAGCACUCGGAGGCGUGGCCGUGUAACUUUUCUCGUGGUGAUUCCUGUCCUUGUGCCAUGCGCUUCCCCCCUCUUCUUUAGCCAGCACCGCAUAGACUUUUAGAGGCCGUGAGGUCUGGCUGCCGGAUCAGUCGGCGGUUACGGAUUCUUCUAGAACCGCCGGCCUGGGGGGAGGGGGGUUUAAAACACAGCUCUCAUCUCUUCCCGGCUAUACAUACUUAAUGAAUUAUUUAGUAUCUAAAUGAUAAAGACAAGUAUUUAAAUGGGGGAGGGUGAUUUGUGUAACUUCCCUGUAGAAGAAACAAUAUUCUGUAUACGUAUCUUUUUAAGUUGAAAUAAGCGACAAUGGACUGAGAGGCAUUUGAGUAACUCUUAGUGGACUUUUUUGAUAUGCUCGCUGUACAUAAAGUACGUAACUACCGUCCACGCAGCUUGGCAGCAGUUCAGUCGUUUUCUUAAAAGUUGUUUUAUCAUUUCUAAAUCAUUUUUAGGAAAUUAUUUUCUCUUCAAUGCCAUAAAAGUGUAGCAUUAUGUCAAAUCUUUUAAGGCUGAGAAGCGUCCUGUACUUUAACGUAAAAUGUAUCACAAGGGCAAAAGUAACGCAGUUGUUACAGAAUUAUCACAGCUUUUCAACAUCUUUUGCAGUUUAAUGUUAAAUUGUCCAAACCUGUGGCAGAUGCUGCGAGUUUUCCCAAAUGUGCACUUGAUUUGACAAUGACAUUGAAAUUGAAUAUGGGGACAUACUUGUACAUUUAUCAUAGGCCAUUUAAGUCAAUAAGAAAUCACACUUAUGGUCCAGCAAUAUUUUUGUUGACUGUUGCACUUGUGAUAGAUGACUUUAAAUGUUAAUUAAAGUGUUGUUUUCCAUGAGGUGCAAUGGGAAAAUGAGUCGACCUGGUUGCACUUUAAGCACCGUGUUGUUUUCUUUCAUCUGUUACUAAAACCCAUUAGCUGCAAAUAUUCUAUGUAACCAUCUCUCAAGCUCAACUAUGACUAUGAAGGAUUGUCCAUCAUUUCGUUGGAUUUAAAUGUGGGCUGCAUUUAUGAGGUGAUUGAGCAAAAAACUUUUGGGGAUUAAAAAAAAAAGACCCUUUUGAACAUAGGGACGAAGCCCCCCCACCACCACCCUAACCCCCAACCCCACCCCUUGUUAUUAAAAAUAUGUUCGUAGAUUUUAGAUGUGCUUCACAUCAGAAAACAGAGGAAAAAAAAGAAAAAAAAAACAACUACCUGUAUAUUUUUGUGAUGUGUAUCAUACAAUUGUGCUCCAAUGAUAAUGUCCAUUUGUGUAAAUGUAUUUAUUUCACACUGUAUAUAUUGUUCAAUGCAAAAAGAGAGAGCUAUGAUUCUGUAAGUUAAACAACUAUUUGUUUGAAACAUUACAUGUGUUACUCCAGACUAUGCCUUUCAGGAUUAUUACAGUAGAGCAAUAUCAAUUAAAACCAGGCUUCCACUUU